GUAAUUGGUGUGAUAUCAGUAUUCUUCAUAUGCGUAUCAAUAUUAUCGUUUUGUCUGAAAACCCAUCCGGACAUGAAAGUACCGGUAAUAAAAAAGGUGGUCGUCCACACAGCAGCGAAUGGCACGGAUUUCACCGUCGACAAAACGGAAACGGAUGCGCACGUGGCCUUCUUCUACAUCGAGUGUAUCUGUAACGCUUGGUUCACCUUUGAAAUUUUGGUACGAUUCAUCGCAUCGCCCAACAAAUGCGAAUUCAUCAAUUCGUCGGUGAACGUGAUCGAUUACAUCGCCACGGCGAGUUUCUACAUCGACCUGGUGCUCCGAAAGUUCGCGUCCCACCUCGAAAACGCCGAUAUCAUGGAGUUCUUCUCCAUCAUUCGAAUAAUGCGUCUGUUCAAGUUGACGCGACACUCUUCCGGAUUAAAGAUUUUGAUUCAAACUUUUAGGGCUUCGGCGAAGGAACUGACGCUGUUGGUGUUCUUUUUAGUUUUGGGUAUUGUGAUUUUCGCGAGUUUGGUGUAUUACGCUGAGCGGAUUCAAAUCAAUCCGCACAAUGAUUUUAAAAGUAUUCCUUUAGGGUUGUGGUGGGCUUUGGUCACGAUGACCACGGUGGGUUAUGGGGAUAUGGUACCGAAAACUUAUGUGGGUAUGUUUGUCGGUGCUUUGUGUGCUCUUGCUGGUGUACUUACUAUUGCUCUACCUGUGCCUGUUAUUGUAUCCAAUUUUGCCAUGUAUUACAGUCAUACGCAGGCCAGAGCAAAAUUGCCGAAAAAAAGGAGAAGAGUUCUUCCGGUGGAACCAACGAGAGGACCUCGUUUGCCAGGACAAGGUCCCCAGGGUGGCCAAUCCGGUUGUCCCGGUGGAGCACCCGCUUGUGGACCCAAUGCCCAAAAUAGGAGGAUGAAUGCGAUCAAAUCAAAUCAUCCAAAGGAUAUGUUAGGAAGUCCAGGACAAAAAAUAGACGAAGAAAUCCGUCCGAUGUUAAAGGAAAAUUCCAAGAGAAACUCUAUCAAGAUUAUCA